AUGGGGGAGAGUUGGCCUUUGGAUAAAGGCCACGUGGAUAAAGGCCACGUGGAUAAAGACCACGUGGAUAAAGGCCACGUGGAUAAAGACCACGUGGAUAAAGGCCACGUGGAUAAUGGCCACGUGAAUAAAGGCCACGUGGAUAAUGGCCACGUGGAUAAAGGCAACGUGGAUAAAGGCCACGUGGAUAAAGGCCACCUGGAUAAGGGCCACGUGGAUAAUGGCCACCUGGAUAAAGGCCACGUGGAUAAAGGCAAUGUGGAUAAAGGCCACCUGGAUAAUGGGCACUUGGAUAAAAGCCACGUGGAUAAAGGCCACCUGGAUAAAGGCCACCUGGAUAAUGACCACGUGGAUAAAGGCCACCUGGAUAAUGGCCACCUGGAUAAAGGUCACAUGCAUAAAGACCACGUGGAUAUAGGCAAUGUGGAUAAAGGCCACCUGGAUAAUGGGCACCUGGAGAAAGACCACCUGGAUAAAGGCCACCUGGAUAAUGGCCACCUGGAUAAAGGCCACCUGGAUAAAGACCACCUUGAUAAAGGCCACCCUGAUAAAAGCCACCUGGAUAAAGGCCACCUGGAUAAAGGCCACCUGGAUAAAGACCACCUGGAUAAAGGCCGCCUGGAUAAAGACCACCUGGAUAAAGGCCACCUGGAUAAAGGCCACCUGGAUAAAGGCCGCCUGUAUAAAGGCCACCUGGAUAAAGACCACCUGGAUAAAGGCCACCCUGAUAAAAGCCACCUGGAUAGAGGCCACCUGGAUAAAGACCACCUGGAUAAAGCCCGCCUGUAUAAAGGCCACCUGGAUAAAGGCCACCUGGAUAAAGACCACCUGGAUGAAGGCCACCUGGAUAAAGGCCGCCUGUAUAAAGGCCACCUGGAUAAAGGCCACCUGGAUAAAUGCCACCUGGAUAAAGACCACCAGGAUAAAGGCCACCUGGAUAAAAACCACCUGGAUAAAGGCCGCCUGGAUAAAGACCACCUGGAUAAAGGCCACCUGGAUAAAGGCCACCUGGAUAAAGGCCACCUGGAUAAAAACCACCUGGAUAAAGGCCGCCUGGAUAAAGACCACCUGGAUAAAGGCCACCUGGAUAAAGACCACCUGGAUAAAGACCACCUGGAUAAAAACCACCUGGAUAAAGGCCGCCUGUAUAAAGGCCACCUGGAUAAAGGCCACCUGGAUAAAGACCACCUAGAUAAAGACCACCUGGAUAAAAACCACCUGGAUAAAGGCCGCCUGGAUAAAGACCACCUGGAUAAAGGCCACCUGGAUAAAGGCCACCUGGAUAAAGACCACCUGGAUAAAGGCCACCCUGAUAAAAGCCACCUGGAUAAAGGCCACCUGGAUAAAGACCACCUGGAUAAAGGCCGCCUGUAUAAAGGCCACCUGGAUAAAGGCCACCUGGAUAAAGGCCACCUGGAUAAAGACCACCUGGAUAAAGGCCACCUGGAUAAAAAACACCUGGAUAAAGGCCGCCUGGAUAAAGGCCGCCUGGAUAAAGGCCACCUGGAUAAAGGCCACCUGGAUAAAGGCCACCUGGAUAAAGACCACCUGGAUAAAAGGCCACGUUAA